AUGGACUCGGUACCUCAUACUCAAAAAGUCGCCCUCGUCACUGGUGCAUGCGGUGGACUAGGCCGAGCAAUCGCAGAGAAGCUCCUGCGGCAAGGCGCCAAUGUCGUCGUCUGCGACAUCAAUGAGAAGCUCAUAGCCGACUUCAAGGAGAAAGUCUCAAGUGCCUAUCCAGAGUGUACGCUUGUGGUGAAAGCAGACAUCACUGACGAUGCUGCUCUGGACGAUCUCUUCGCCGAAACCGAAAAGACUUUCGGCCAUGUCGACUUCGUGAUCAACAACUGCGGUAUCAUGGAUCGCUUCGACCCAGUUGGAGCCAUGGAGAGGGACAUGUGGGAUCGUGUGAUUGCUAUCAACCUUACCGCGCCAGCAAUGGUCACGAAGCGAGCGGUAAAUUUGAUGCUCAAGCACGACAUCAAGGGCUCAAUUGUGAACAUUUCGUCGAUCGCUGGCCUGCGCGGAUUUGCCAGCGGCGCUGCAUAUACGGCUAGUGGCAUGCAGACCAACAUAGCCAGCAAGUACAUUACCGAACAAGGCCUCAACUUUAAUAUGGAAGGAUAUGGCGUCCAUGCCCAGGCCUUCCCGAAUGAACAUCUCAUCAUGGUCGAGAUCGAAAAGAUUGCCGACUUUGUGUCGUACCUUUGCUCAGACGCUGCUUCUGUGAUCAACGGUGCCACGCUCACUGCAGACGGAGGAUGGACGGCCAACUAG